AUGGACUUUGAUUUAAUAGAAGAGAAAAUAAACAAAAUUGAAGAAGAGCUAAAAAGAUAUAAACAUGAUGAAUUGCAAAAGGCCACUAAAAUAAAAAGUGAAAUAAAAUUAUUCGAUUUAGCCGUAAAAAGAUUAAAUACAAAAAAAUGUAGGGAAAGAUUUGAAAAUGCUUAUAAAUCGUUAGAAAAACAAAAAAAAGAAAAAUUCAAUGAAAAAAAAAUAUACACAAAAAAUGGUAAGGAUAUUUUUACAGAAAUUAAGUUGCUAAAACAGAAAGAAAAAAGUUAUAAUUUUAUAAACAGACCAAUUAAACUUAAAUACAAUAUAAAUGAUGUUGCAAAUGAAAUAAAAGAAACACUUAAUAUUUUUAAUAUACAAAAAAAACAUUUAUUUAAAUAUAUUUUUGAAAAGAUAAGCAAAUCAAAAAACAUAUUAUUAGAUGAUUACAAUAAAUAUUUACAUUUACAAAAAGAGAUAGACAUUUUAUUGACCUCGAUAAAUAAAAAUGCAUUAAUGGAAAUAUUUGUGUUCACGAAAAAUUUACAAUUUUUUCAAAAUUCGAUGAUAAAUAUGUUUAACCAAUUUAAUCAUAAAAUAGAAAAUACAAUUACAGAUAGACCAAUUUAUGAAAAUUACUCUUAUAAUAAAUAA